AAAGUUGGUCCCAGGAUCACCGAGAAGGACACUCGCUUGAGACCGGCCCUCGACCCUUGUAUAAAGCUGGCCCUGACUUUGCGACACCUUGCCUCUGGUGACAGAUAUUCCUCACAGAGGUUUGGCUGGAGAAUACCUCACAACACACAGUCACCGGUGGUAAGAAAGGUUUGCCAUGCCAUACUGGACGAGUACCUGGAUGAGAUGCUGACCUGCCUCAGUACGCCAGAGAAGUGGAAUCAAGUUGCUGACAGAUUCUAUCAUAGGUGGAACCCAUGUCCUGGGACCACAUAUGUCACCUGA